GUCUGCAAUUGUUGCCCGCAACAAUUGACAGCUUCAAAGACCAACGCAGCUUACGCUCUGCGAAUGUUCGUGAAUUACUCGAAACCAUGAAACAUCACGCACAUGCACCGAAUAAGGAAUCAAGGUCAAGUAUGGAGCCGGUGACCAAAAGACAACAGGAAGCAGGUAAAAAAGAAGGUCAACCUGUGUUCCACAGCCCUGAACUGCCAGCAACUUCCUGGGCCAGUGUUGCCUCUCUGCUACCAAGGGAAACCAUUACCUGGAAAAUCAAUGCUGCCAGCUCCAAGGCCUCCUCCCAGGAGGAUAAACCACAAUCAGCACUGGAACAAGUAUCCAAGAAGAAAAGGAAGAAAAAGAAAUCUAAAAAGGCAAAUGAUGACACACAGGUGGAGAACUGUGACACCCCAACGACUGACCAGAAGCCACCACAGUUUCAGGAUGAAGGGGAAUUUCCGGACUUGGCUCUUGCAUCUGUCAGCCCUUUCAGAGGGCUAAGCAAUACCACAAACCUUUUUUUAUACAGCAGCAUGGCGAAGAGACACAAAGAGAACACUAACGAAUCCGCACCACAAAGAGACAUAAGUGAAUUGCAUCUAAACAAACGGAAAGACCAGACAACUGCGAAGAAGCCUCCUCCACCACCUGUAGCCACAGAGACGAAGAAGGGACAGAAAUCUGAGAAAGGUGGUGGAAAGAAGAGCAAGGCUCCUGUGCAGCUUGACCUGGGGAGCAUGCUAGCUGUUCUGGAACAGAAGCAACAGUCACAAAAGUCCAAGCAUGACACAAAGCCAGUUAUCCUUUCAGUUGGAGGGACAUUACCAGUGGUACAGAAGGACCCCUCUGCCCAGAAGAAGCACCCUAGGGAGCAGCAAAAGAUUGCCCACAACCCUCUGGACUCCACCAGUCCCCUUGUGAAGAAAGGCAAGCAGCGUGAAGUUCCUAAAGCAAAAAAACCCACACCUCUGAAAAGGAUUAUUUUAAAAGAGAGAGAGGAGAGGAAGCAGAACCGCUUGCUGGAAGAGCAAGGAUUUGUCCCUCAAGCUGAGGAAUCCAGUAAUCCAACAGAAGACCAACAGGAAACCACUGUAUCAGAGGAGGAUCUGCAGGGUCAAACAGGGGCAGACAGGCAGAUGCUGGAUUCCCCAGACACCGAGCUGUAUGAAGGUGCUCCUCCUGAAGAACACGAUCCUGAACAGGAGAGGGACGCAGAGGAAAUUGCAGAAGACAACACCCACCAAGAAGCCUGUUUACCCUGUCGCCCUAAAAUCCACAGCAGGAAAUUCAGAGACUACUGCAGCCAAAUGCUGAGCAAAGACGUGGACGAAUGUGUGACCGUCCUGCUGAAGGAGUUGGUCCGGUUCCAGGACCGCCUGUAUCAGAAAGAUCCUAUGAAGGCCCGAAUGAAGAGGCGGUUGGUCAUGGGCCUGCGGGAGGUUCUGAAACACCUCAAACUAGGGAAGGUCAAAUGUGUCAUCAUUUCCCCAAACUGUGAGCGGAUACAGUCCAAAGGUGGUUUGGACGAAGCGCUCCAUACCAUCAUUGACACCUGUCGUGAGCAGAAUGUACCCUUUGUCUUUGCGCUCUCCCGGAAGGCCCUGGGACGCUGUGUCAACAAGGCUGUGCCUGUUAGCCUUGUUGGCAUCUUCAACUACGACGGAGCACAGGACCAUUAUCAUAAUAUGAUUGAGCUUUCAUCCCAAGCCAGGAAGGCUUACGAAGUGAUGAUUGCGAACUUGGAGAACUCAGCACAAGAAGAGCAGAAAAUUCCUGUUGAUGAACCAAGCCUUAACUCACCUGUUAGUCCUGCAGAAAAUGAAGAACCAGAAUACAUUAAGAUCUGGAAGAAGAUGCUUGAGAAGGACUGUAAUCAUCAGCUGUUAAACUUUGAGAAGCAGCUGGCCACUGUCUGUGUGGCCAUUGACUCUGGACUGCAAAUGGAUGAAGAGGAGGGAAGUUGAUGAAGAAUACUAAAAUUUAUAAUUUAUGCAGUAAAUCCGUCUUGAAUUAAAUAAUUGCAAUACUUGUGAUUUCACACGAUAACAUUACUAAUAUAGAAUUUAUUUUCCUGUCCUUUUCAUUUUUGUGUUUUCUGGCACUGUCAAAUAGUCAACCAAAGAUGGUGUUGUCACAUUAUUAUUCUUUUUUGUUCCACUUCUCUAAUUCAGGGUAAUGAAUGUAACUUUAUGUAAAAUGUAACUUUAAAAGUUUUCUUUUUUCUUUCAAGUCCAAACCAAUCAUCUGCAUGGCAGAAUCUGGGCCAUAUUUACAUUUAAAAUUACAAUGGCAAAUGACAGCUGUACCAGUUUUACGAAUCAAGUGCAUGUUUUCUGUGGAAAAAUGCACCCAUUCCUAAUUAUUGCAUAUCAGUUUGCAUUUAACCCUUUGAAGAGGUUUCUUGGGUUGUUUUUUCAAAAGUCUGUGCGUUAAAGUACCAUGAUGUUGGCAUGUAUGGUUACUUCUCUUUGCCAAAGCUCACCUACAGUUUCAAGGAUUGGAUUUUUUUUCCCAGUUGGUGUCUGUGACAUUUAUUUUAAAGAUAUACUGUAGAAGGGCUGUAAAAUCAUGAAAAAGCUAGUUAAUUGCAGGGUUUGAUGUGAAUAUUUACAUUUUUUGUUUGCUGAAAUUAAGCUAUACAGUUGACAUUGACAUACUAUGGCACACUUUCAUUUGAUGGAAUUCUUGCUGAGAAAUUAGCAAGCCAGAUGAAUUCUCAUUUGCUUUGGAAAGUACAAAAAUCAUGCAUUGUGAAUAGCGCAAAGUGACCAGGGUAGCAAUAAAACUGAGUUAAUUAAAAUAGAUUUUUGUUUUUAAUACAAUCUUCAGAAAAUAAAGCAUAUGUCUGUGAAGA